GGAGUUUUUGAUAUGUUUAUCCAAGUUCUGGGGAUUUCCAACCACACAGAAUGAUUUAUUUUAAGGAACUAAGAAAAACAAGAGUUAUCCAAACACUUUUUGAAGAAGAUAAUAUUGCAGAAUUUGGAAUCAAAACACUGAAAAAGAACCUUAAGGAAGCUCGUGAAAUUGAGAACAAUAUAAAAAGCAAACCUCUGUACAGCAAGUUUUUAGACUCAGCAAUGUGGAAUAACUCACUCUCAAAUACAAAUCAAAGACGUACGAGGAGAUCGAAUUAUGAAGAAAUUAAGGAUGAAGAUAGUAAAAGUUCUUCAGAAGAGGACAGUCCAAAAUCACAGAAGAAUACUUCUAAACCAAGAAGAAGACCUAACAAGAGAGCCAGAAGAUCCCUUGAUGAAUCUUCUGAGCAAACCCCACCAAGGAAAGACACAAGAAAGAAUAAUAAGACCAAAGGACGCAAAAAUAAGAGAACUCAGCCCAACACUAGAAGCAAAAUGAAGCCCCAGGAAGAAUCAAAGGAGGAAACAAAUUAUCGUCCCAAGAAGAGAGAGCUCAAAAAAUUCCCUGCAAAGAGAAGAAGAUAAUAAAGACUCUCAAGAAGAGCAAAUCUGUACUUCAAGUAGGAGACAGAAGAGGCAAGACACAAUGUGCCCUUCAAAAUCAGAAGACCCCAAUGCUAUCACUGGGGAGGACGAACAGAUCGGACCUAAAACCUGGCUGGCACUUAAACUUAACAAUCUGAAGCACAUGGAGUUUCUCACAUUCCUGAACAAGAGAAUGCCAGACAUUUAUAUGCUUGAUCUUCAAUACAUGCCAUUGAAUUGUCAAGAAGUCAAGACUUUCCUGUCCGCAUAUUUCCCCAACAAAGUGAAGGCAUUAAAGUUUAACUUAAACUCUCCUU